AUGGCGGCAAAGCGAGCAAAAGUUGGUGAAGACCCUUCCGUCACAGUUUUUAGGGAGUAUCUUAGAAUAAAAACCGUACAACCAAACCCAGAUUAUGGUAAGUUUACUAUUAAUUUCUUAAACGAAAUCCUUCAUUUAGAGAACUAAUCGGAUCAACAGCAGUCACGAAACGUUUAUAUAAUUUAUUUGAUGUCCGAGCUACGGCGCGCGCCUUCCAGCGGAUAGCUCUAAAUUUACAAUACCCGGCCACUUUUAGUAGCAAAAGAAUAGGAAUGCUCCACGUUCCACGUAAUUUUCAAGAAUUUGUGGGUGAGUGGCGGGCCCCUUUCUCCCGCCUGAAGUCGGAUUUUUCCCUUUUAAAAAAGUCAGUGGCGAUGACAGUCUUUCCCCCUCCGAGGUAGGUGAGUACACCUUUAGAAAUGACUCUUGAAAUCUGCUUUCCUCUCUCUAGGAUUUCAAUGUACCUCAAUAAAGGGAAGGGGGAAGGGGUGCAGACAUAAAAUGGACUGCCCCAAAACAGGGCCUUAUUGUAACGUCUUUCACAGAAGCUCAUAUAGUAGUCCGGGGCCAUGUGUAAUCCCGUGGGCAUAUCAUGAACAUUUUAGUUUCUUUGAAGAAAUAUAUAGUUUAAGAGGUGUUGAAUCGUAAAAAAGUUGUCUGCAAUUUUUUUAAAGUCAUUUAAGAUUAAUUUAUGUAAAUUAGAUUUUUGACCCACAAAACACCGGGUACUCGAGUUGGGCUUUGUUAUACAUGUCCCAAAAUGCUCCCAUAAUGCACAAAACUGUGCAUACGUUCGCUUUUAAGUCUGUUCUAUCAUGUAAAGCCUCUGCAAUCCCUUUUCCACGGUUUUAGAAUUAUGACAAAAGUCUAGUGUCAUUGCUGUACAAAUGUUAAUGUUCCGUUAAGGAUUGCUUAAUUACAAAGCAUAAAUGACUUAGCAUUAAGCAAAGCAUUUCCUUGUCCAAUAGUACUUAAAUAUCAUGGUCUGAGUUCCAACCUAGCUGAUGGGCCUAUAUAUGAAGGUCCUCGUCGUCACUAAUAUCCCCUGUUAUAUGCUCAACUGUAUCAGUGUUACUGCUCCUGUUCGUACAUUUUACUUCGCAUGAACCACACAUAUCAAUGCAUUUUAGGUUGUGUUUCCUGCACGAACAGCUCAUUGUGAUGCAGAUUCCUUUGCAUCCACACUUGAUCAAAUGCAGUACGGCCUUAGGUGCAGGUGGGAGUGUGGUUGGAACCGGCUGCAGUCUAUCCCCAUCUUGUUGCCAUCCGUGUAAUAUCGGGCUAGGAAUGCUGGGAUUUGGGUUGUCGCAAGACUUCCAAACCAAUGCAACGAGAUUAGCACGUCUUGUCAUCUGGUGUAGAGCCGCUUUAGUGGGGGGCAGCUGCUCAUCUACGUGUUGUUUCUUGCUAAAGAGCAGCCAUCAGACCUCUCCUAUGGUUCUUAGCUGUGUCGAUGGGAUGUACAACUGGCAGACAAAGCGCUCUUGCGUCAUGUAUAUAUCAUCUGGGAUGGUGUCGGUGGUUCCCAGGCUGGAAAAGGCAUCGAGAACUGAUCGUUCAGCUUUCUUUAGUGUAUUCCAGCAAGACACUUUGCUUUGUCCACUGAUAGUGCCUGUCUGAUCACUUCCUGAAAGCCAGGUAAAGCCUUCACAUUAAGUUCUUCUCCUACCGCCUCGUAGAGUGGGCCUAGUGGAAUACUUCUUCGUUUUCCUCCCGUUCCAACAAUCACUGUAGUGUCUGGACAAAGUCUCUUGUAAACCCAGAGCGUCAGAACGAGUAAGUCUGUAUCUGGACUCUGAAUGGUUAUGGACGUUGCUCCUCUCUGUGUGCCAUCUAGAGCAUGUAGGAGCAUACGAGUAUCUGCUUCCUUCUGCUCACUCCUUAAAUGCUGAAUCGGUAGGCUACUAGAAGCCAUACAGUCAGCUUUAGAGGCUAAGGACUGGUCAAAAAGUAUAGGGGUGGGGGUGGGCCGGAGCAGAGAGGGGGCGGGUCAUGAGGUUUUGAGCCUUGUGCAAGGGGUGGGUCGUGCAAUUUUCAGCUACCGUUAGGGGGUGGGUCACCCUAUUUUAUUACAUAGAUACGCACUAACUACUAACGAGACAGUUGACUACACUUGUUAUAUAAAACACAGCCAGCUAAAAUUAUUGCUAAAAUACUCACAAACCUGUUGUGCAAGAAUGUACAAAGGGUGACAGGCCGCACAUCUAUACGGGCGUGGAACCCUCUGUUAACCUUUUUUUUUUGGGCUCUAACGAGCAUGUCCUUUAAUGAUUUUCCUUUUUUGUAAGGAAAUGAUUAGUGGUUCUUUAAAAAUUUAUUGAAGUCAUAGUUGGUUUUGUAUAAGACUCCAUUUUUUCAUUCAAGCUUCCUUUAUAGUAGACACGGAGGGCUGGUAUUGUGUCACGAAUGGCAAUAUUUCUUUCUCCUCCUUGUUGUUUUGUUUUAGGAGUCUAGACUCCCUUUUGUGAAUGUUAUUUCUGAUAGUAGGUUUUCUAUCGAAGAUUGUGGGUAGCCUCCGUCCAUCAAGCGUUUUUUUUUUUAAAUUUGAAUCAUUUUCCUCAAAGGUUGUUUCUGAGGAGUUUUUUCGUAGGAUUCUCAAGGCUUCUCCUUUGACAAAUCCUUUUUUAACAUUUGGAGGGUGACACGAGGUGAAAUAUGUGCGAGAAGGUUCUUUGAGGAUUAAUCUAAGCAUUUCCGGCAAGUAAUGUGUAGGAAUAGGUUGUAGAAAUUUUGAUACGCUUUGUGACAGACAAUUUCAAUAUACCCUCGUUUUGCUGUAUAUUUGUGUCAAGACUCAUAACAUCCAUCGAAACAAGAAAUGUUCGGUUUUUCACAUUUGUCUUUUCAGUGAAAGGUAUUAUUUCUGUGAUUUUGAUAUUGGUUGUAGCAGUGUAUCAACAAAUUUUGUCAAGCACAGAACAAGGUUUUAUUGGAUUAUUAAGAGGAAACCAAACAUCCAUGUUUUAACUAGGGGGUGGGUCAUGCAACUUCCAACCUUGCUUUAGGGGUGGGUCAGUCAUUUUUGUGCCGAAGGGAGGGGGUGGGUCAUGUGUUUUUUAUCAACCACAUUUCCAAAUGCUCCGGCCCACCCCCCCUAUGCUUUUUUACCAGUCCCUUACUACAUAUGUCGCCUGCUAGUCUUUCUUGCACUCGAUAAGAUGUGCUGCAAGGAAGAUAGCCAAUGUCUCCUUAUUCUGGCUGCAGCUCAAAAGAUCCUUCAUCGUGAUCUUGUCAAUAACAGCAUCCACAGUAAUCUUGUAUACCACUGCUCUCCUUGUGUCCAUUAAGGAGUUUGGGAUAUCGUAGCGGUCAAAUACAACAUGCACCUCGGUGGCACCUUCAGACUUAGAAUCAAUGACUUCUAUGAAAUGGCUUGCUAGGUCACGCCCAUUUCUUACCCACAGUGGCUUUCCCAUUGUCUGAACGACGGCCAUGACAUCAAUAAUGACCACUUGCCUACUGGAGGGAUCUGCAGAGUGAGGUUGUACUGUAGACGUUUGUAGGUUGCUGUUGGGCCGGUAAAAGGCUUUUCAGGAUGUUCAUCAGCUUGCUCUUGGUAGCGCAGUGUCGCAAACUGCCAUCAGAGAAGAAGAGUGCCCUUGGAUACUCGGCUAACUCAAAGGUACUGAUGGUUUCCUUUGUGUCAAGAUCAGGCCUUGAGAGAAUGACGACUAAGAAGCGUGCGAAGAGAGCUCUAUCAUCCUUUUAAGGGUGCGACGCCACAAGUUGUCUUGUUCUUCUUAAAGUUUGUUUGCCAAGCAGACCUCCAUGACUUCAGAUUUGCCUUUUUCAUGGGGCUCCAAACACUUAACUUGGCCUCGACGAUUCUCUCUUGGGCAAAUGUGUCAGACAACGCCUGGCCGAUCUUAUCCCGUGUUAGGACUCCCUCCUUGAUGUAAUCUGGCAUAACUGCUUUCGUGAUGAUGUUCACCAGAUGACGUUCCUCUGUCUCGAAAGGGUCACUCACUUUGAGCACAUCCUUCAGCUUCUGUACAUUUUCAUUAUAGCUAUUUGUUAUCGCAUCGCUUAAAUCGUGAUGAUGCGAUGAUGAGGCUCUUUGUACCCCCACCAUGUGCUCAGCUUGGGUCGCAAGUCCACUUAGUUCUGGCGCUACAAGGAACCAUCUUGCCAUGGCUGCUGGUUGCUGUGUUAGUCCUUUCAGCCCUCCCCGAAUCUUCAUCAACUUGUUGACGUGUUCCAUAGCGUGGUCCAGUCCAAUUGCACAGAAAGGGAUGGUGUUCAUCGCAACGGAUGCUUGUAUUACACUAUCGUAUACAGUCUUGUGCUUGGCAUUACUUUUAGCACUUUCGCUCUUCAAAAACGCCUCCACAUGCAAAUCACUCAAGGCAGAGUACGUUAUGCUGUGAUCUGUGAGAGCGCGCUUCAUAUGAUUUCCUUCAAGAAGCUGUCACGUUGUGGUUGAACCACACAGGCCCACCUCCAUCCAUCCCUCGUCAAAGCCAUUGCCAUCGAUUGAUGCCCCAAGAGCGCGCAAAGAAGCCAUUAUCGUGUGCAUCUCGUCAAUUCGGAAAACCAGGUGGUUUAAGUCUGGGCCCUUGUGCAUCUGGAGUUUCACAGCCUUCUGCUAUAGUUGGAGGUCAAACGUAAUGACAGUCUUGUGGCUUUCUCCCAUAACCACAGCCGUGAUCUUCCGUGCCUGCAUUUAGUACUGUGAGCAUCGUGCUCCACUCAUGCGCCGGAAAGUCUUAUUCACAAAUAAACGCAUUUAAAGCAACAAGCGAAGAUAAUUGUAUAUAUAUAUUCUAGGCCCUGAACAAGGUAUACACCUAAUUUAUUUUAAUGAUUCUAUUGUUUUAUUGUAGCAAGGUGAUAAUAAUAAAUGAAUAAAACUUCAUAUCUUCUCGGGAAAUUGGAAACACAGAUGCCCAACUCGACACAGCGCCCUUAGAAAUGGGCUCCCUUCAUUAAAGACCAAAGAAGAAUUAUAAGUUACACUAGACAUUUCUGGAUAAUUUCAAAGCCAAAUAAUAACAAUGCAUUGAUUUCCAGAUAAUUCGUGUACACAGUAGUAAUCGUCAGGUAAAUAUGCUUUCGCACAGUAAAACCAAACAAGAAAGGAAGGAUAACCUGCAUAAACAAAUAAAGUGUUGAGUUCUAAACCACAGGAGGGCCAUCAAAACGCAUGCCUUGUACAUGUCUUACUAGAUUCAGACAGGAUUAUAAUUAUUCAUUAUCUGGAGUUUAAGAGUCGACCAAAACAUUAAAAGAAAACUUUAAAAAGGUCCAGAUUAGACUCUUAAAUUCAAUGGAGAUUCAUUCAAGAUAUGUAGUAAAUAACUGGAGUAAAGCUAUUGACCAAGUAAAGAACAAGUGUUGCUAAAGUAAAAGCUCGUGUUAUUAUCCUUUUAACAUCCGUUCUAUUCGUUUAGUCCUUGAAACAGUCAAAAUGUGAUUUCACUCCAGUUUUAAAUGCAUUUUAUUCAAUUCAACAAGUUCCGAAUCAUACUAAAGACAUUUCCUUGUCAGUCCUCAGCUGUAAAAUGACGUCAUAUCUAAUUUGCAUAAAACAGGCCCUCGUAGCUUUCAAAAAAUUGCAGACAACGUUUUGUCGAUUCAAUACCAUUUAAACUAUAAGUUUCCGUACAGAAACUAAAAUGUUCAUAAAAUGCCCACGAGAAUGAUUAUUCCGACACAUGGCCCCGGACUAUAGUGGCCCAAUAUAUAAAUGGUUACUGAGAUGCUAAACUCCUGAGAUGUCUGCAUGAGCAUGCACCCCCCUCAAAACGUCCAGUUCCCCAGGCCACCUGCAAUACAUUUCACUGGUACUGGUUAAUUAAUACGCUGACGAAACGGUUCCAUUGUGAUAAGAAAAUAUUCAUGUUAAGCUCAUCGGUUGUUUGUUAUCAUUCACUAUUAAUAUUAAAAUAUUGAAAAGAAGAAACGUAUUAUUAAAAUAAUCUAGUUUAUAGUCGCUGUCAUUGAUAUUAAUCAGAUGGAUGUGAUCUUUUUUUGCAAUUAUAAUUAAGUUUAUAACUAGCGAUUUGUGUCGGGUGCUUCCCGUGUUUUGUGUUAGAGAUUUCCAAGACAUUUUAAAAAUGUGGCAUUUGCAGCCUUUCUACUGGAAAAUACAAAUUUUAAUGUUGUCCUGGGGUGGGGCAUUUGCAUCCUAUUUUUAAGCCUUACCGUGGGGUUUUUAUAUGGAUGCCUGUCCCCACUGUAGAGCAUUUGCAGCUUUUCCAAAACAAAAUGACAAAUGCUUGGGGGGAGAGGGGUGUGGGGGUGGGGAUGGGCAAUCUUAGAAUUGACGAGCCAUAAACUUCAUUUAGGUAGAAAACAUGAGAAACGCAUAUUGGAAAACAACACACAUUGCCUUUUAUGUUGAGGGUUAGGGUUAUUGUUUGUGUGGUUAUCCUAUUGUUUUCACAGCCAAUUGUGUGAGCCGUUCAGUGAGGAGCUGCUUGACCCGUAGAGCAACUCAUCUGCACAGUGUUAUGCCUUAUGUCAAUUUUCUUUUUUAUCAGAGAGUGCUAUAACCUUUCUACAGAAGAUAGCAGCAGAACUUGAUCUUCCUUUUAAGUGUAUAAGGGUAAGUGUUGCUCAGUGAUAUAUAGUAGCCUUUAUCCUGCACCAAGCCAUUUAGUGCGGGGUUACCCGAGCUGUUAUUGUAACUUUGAUGAACCUAAAACAAUGGAGAGACAGUGAAUGGCCAAUUUUAGUAACUUCACUCUGAUGGACUCUCUAGAUUCUGAUAGGAAGCAAGAUUUGCAGUAUUCAGACAGGAGCUGGGCUCAACCUUUGUUGAUAACAGUAGUGUAGGUGCUUUGGUUGUUCUGCAGUGUUUAGAAUGGUACUGUAGGCCUGGCUUCCUUUUCUGCCCAGGCAAACACUACUAUUUCUUUCACCUACCAGUAUAUUUCAACAUUCUAGCCUUCUCGAAUAAAAUUGCAACUGCAUGCUUUUCCUUUAAUAUACCACUUUCACUGAUCUGACUUAAUCUUCUAAGGCUCAUAAAAAAACUACCAGGAAUGUAACAGUAUAAUGGCAGCAAUCAUCCCUCGUGCCCAAUGAGCCACCAAUAAUUGCUGCAUGCAGUUGUGGAACCAAGCAUUUUUGUGAUGACCUUGUCAUGUCAAUGUCACUGUAGUGAAUCUUUAAAAUAAUAGAGUAUAAAUUAUGCCAAUUUAUUAUGGCUUAACUACUUUUUUCUUCUUAAUGACUGUCAUACAUAAGACGGAUUCUGGUAACGUCACAGCAGCUAUUAUAACAUGGGAAGGAAGUGACCCAAGCUUGCCGUCUGUGAUGUUAAACAGCCACAUCGAUGUUGUUCCAGUAUUUCCAGUGAGUUUACUCAGUUCAAUAUCUACCAAAGAAAAAAGUAAGACCAAACUUUUUUUGAAACUGAAAAGUAAACAUUGCUGCAAAAUUAUUGAGGAUUUUUUACAAUAACAAUAGGCUACUCAGGCCAAUUAUAGCAUCUAAAGUAAAAGGAAAAAAAAUCAACCGCUGUAACUUACAUGUGGUUAGUAAGUGUAGUAGGUUUGUCUGAAGUUUGGUUAAGGUGCUUGAAGAGCCUGAGUGGGCGAAACUGUCAUAAGACAGCUCACUAAAUGGACCAGUCACAGAACAACUCUGUAUGCCGGACUCUUCCCUUUAAAUCUAUAAAUAUUCUUUACCAGACAUCAGUGAUAUGAUUGCUUAGAGAGGGUAGAUGAAACUGAUACCUAAACUUACUUUGUUAUCGUAGGAACACUGGACUUAUGAUCCUUUCUCUGCGCACAAGACUGAAAAUGGUGAUAUUUAUGCCAGAGGAACUCAGGUUUGCAAGUUGCAUUUAACAAAAAUUAUUAAUAUCAUUAAUAAGAUAUAUAAAUUCCUUCUACAGCAUGUCAGGAAAAUUGUUUUGAGGAAAAUUCAAAUAUAUACAGUUUUACCUCCUAAAUCCUUUAAGUUGUCCUUCCAUCAUUAAUGUACUGUUUAAGUUUGUCAACUUAGCCACAGGCAUGCAUACUAAAAUGGAAAUCAAGGCAAAAUAUGAAAAAUGGUACCGGUAAUUUGAAUAUGACAAAUAAGUUUUACUGUCGGUGAUUCAUUGUAACAGCUAUGUGUAGUUGAUUUAGAGCCUUUCCAAAUUUAUUUAUCAUUCAAACAUUUCUUUUCAGGAUAUGAAAUGUGUUGGCAUCCAGUAAGUGAGAAAUUAUGGUAACUUAAACAGUCUUAUAGCACUUCUUAUACCUUGUAGUUUUGUAGAAUAGAUAAACUGUAUUUUCUUGUACCAGUAAUUUCAUUUAUUCACCAAGCAUAAGGCUAACAUGGGUUGACUUUGGCCUUUUUUUGGAUUUGUUUAUGUUCAUCAAGGUUUAUUUUAAAUAAUAUGGUCUAGAGAAAAUUUUUUCUUGAGGUUACAAAGUGGGUGAUGCACAUGCAUCAUGCCUGCUUGGUAAGCCAUUCAGGUUGCGAGAUUCCCUUUAUCUUUCCCGAUCCCCACUGAGCAAGUCAAAUACUGUGUCGUCAUGAUCAAAUUCCUAAAGACGUCAUUAAUAGAUGCUAUGAAGAAGGUGGUACCUUACAGUUUUUUAUUUAAUAUUUGUCUUUCAUUUGUUCACAAAAGGUACAUAGAGGCUGUUAGAAAGUUACGGUCUCAAGGAGUAACCCUUCGCAGAACUGUACACAUGACUUUUGUUCCAGGUAACUUUUGAAUUAAAGUUAGUGUAGAACAUUAUUUUUUUAAAGUGUCAUGCAUGGAGCAAUGUCUUUCCCCUUGGAUGGUGUGGUGGGGAGAGGGUUGGACAGGUUAUACCCAGGAUUUUGAUGAGAUCUACAUGUUAGCUAGGGGAUUUUAACUUCCUUAUGACCCUGGUGUGAAGAUUUGUUUGGCAGUGCAUCAUCUUGGUAAAAACUGACAAGGCUGUAGGUACCUAUGGUAAUAUGCUCACCAUAACAAGAUGGCAAACAAACUCGACAUAUUCUGUUUGCAAUAAAAGUUAUAUCUGCAUCCAGAGUUCUUUUUUUUCAUAUAUUUUUUUUAAUACUCAUGCCAUAUGCAGCAUUACUGGAUCUGUCACAUGAUUGCUGUGUACCAGGGCCUGUAAAGAUUUCUUUGUCCCCAAUCAGUUUGUCCAAAUGCCCUAUUAUUUUCUUUGUCUGAGAUUCACUCAGAGUUUGAGGAUUUUGACUGUUUGGGGCUGAAAUAAUGAUUCAAAUAAGAGGAAGAGAUUCAGCAACUUGGGCAUGAAAAAAAAAUGUUGAUAGAUAAUAAGGGGCAUAUGCUGUCACAAUCUUGAAGAGCUUUGCAUUAAGGAAAGGUUAGAACAAGAAUUUGAAGAACCAAACAAAACAGAUCCUCAAACUUGGUUUUAUAAUAAUUCUUUAGUUGGGAGGUAUAACUAUGGAAAAUAAAACUGACAGUUUUGCUUCGGCCUAGUCAUUGCAUACUCAAAGUGCUUCUACUGUGUGAACCUUGACUAGCAUAUUUUCUUUCUUUUCAUUAUUUUGGUUACUAGAUGAAGAAAUUGGAGGAUCAAGUGGAAUGAAUGUAUUUGUGGGAUUGGAUGAUUUUAAAUCUUUGAAUGUUGGCUUUGCUUUGGAUGAAGGUUUGACCUUGGGUGCAUCAUUAGCUCUAAAAGGCCACUUUGUUCCUUUUUCUAUCCAUAAUUUUUUGUGAUUCAUUGCCUUUAUUUCAUUCCAUCAGGGCUUGCAAACCCAACAGAAGCAUUUACAAUAUUUUAUGGAGAAAGGGGAGUAUUGUGUAAGUGACAGAAUUUCAAUUAUUAAUUUUAUUAAAUGUACUUUGAAAUGAUUGCAGUUUUUUUCUGUUAAUAUCGAUUUUUUUAUAAUAUGUCAAUUUAGGGGUAAAAGUAAUAUGCAAAGGUUCCCCAGGGCAUGGGUCCAGGUUUAUCGAGGGUACUGCAGGUGAAAAGAUGGUAAGUUUUGGCAGUCUAGUAGUCUCCUAUGUAGCCAUUUUUGUCUCGUCACUCAGAGUGUUGUGUGACAAGAAAAAAACAGCUGCACAGGAGACUAUAUAGCAGUUUUGCAUCUUGGUUACAGUUCUAUGAUAGAUCUGUGAUAGAAUCAUAAAACUGAAGGUUUGCCAGCUCACUUUUAUCAAGGUUGUGCUCUAGAGCAUCCUAAAAGCUCUUCUAAGUCUACAAAAUUUAAUCUGGGAUUCUAAUCCUUAAUGUUUAGUGGAAAAGAUAAUAGUUACAGUCGAAGCUCUCAAAAGCAACCACCUCGGAAAUUUCGAAAAGUGGUCAUAACCAGAGCUGGUCACGUAUGAGAAUGAGUUCUCAUAAGUGUCUGCACAAUAAAACAUUAGAGGGUGGUCACUUGCAAGAGCUCUAGAAACUCAUUAAUAAUUCAUAAAUAUAAAACAAAAGAAAUUAAUGUUUAAUGAGAGUCUUUAUAUCUGAUAUAGACACAGCUGAACUUUUACGUCCAAUGUUUUAGACCAUCAGCAUAAUGUGCAGUUUCAUUAAAUUGUUCAUUCGUCUUGAUUUAUGUGAAUAAGACUCUGAAAGGUUGGUUACGAGACCUUUAAAGUCCAGUUGGGCAAUCCCAAACGUGGUCGCAGUCUCUAAGGGAGCCGUCAUUUAUGAGAGCUUUUCAUUACAAAGUUUAAGUCACUGAGUUCAAACGAGGUUUCACAAAGGUGGUCGUAACUAGAGCUGGUCACUUAUGAGAGUGGUUGCAAGGAGAUCAAGUUUUGAGUACUGUAUUUCCUUGUUACUCUGUACCAGUCCUUAAAGCAAAGAAAAGUAUAUGUUGCCAAAGAAUUUCAUCAGGUACGCUAGAGCAUAACCCUCUGUAUGACUUAUUUCAAUCUUUUUUUAUAUUGUACUUACCAUGUCUCAUCUCUGAUUGACUAAGAGCCCCUAGUACAGUUAAUUUUGGAAAUUUGCACAACCUACAGAGUGGAUGAGUGACUUACCUGUCAUGUCCUCAAUAUAUAUUUUUUAUUAUAAUUUUGGUUUACUUGUUGAACUUACUUCUGGUUCACACUUUGGUUCAAACGUCAUUUUGAACUCUACAUGAAGAUUUUUGUUCAGAGACUGAGUAAAGUUACAUAUUACAUUAGAGAAUGAAUUAUUAUUAUUAUUAUUAUUAUUAUUAUUGUUUAGAUUGAUAUUAUUCUCGGUUUAUUAAUGUUUUGCUUGUGUACAGAGUAAAGUAGUUCAGUCAUUUAUGGCCUUCAGAGAAGAACAGAAGAAGAGGUAUUUGGACUCAUUUCUUUCUUCUUUUAAUCGACUCCCCCCUGUAUUCUCUUAAAAAGGGUGUCAAUAUUUAGGGGUGUGACUGCGUGACUCCAUUUAAUAGAAAACAGGAUCUCAGUACUUAAUCUUUUAGUAGCUAGUGUUGUGCCUUUUAUAUGCUGUAAAAAAUGUACAAGAAAUGGUGUGCCUCACUCUAUUAAUAGUAUUAAUUUCUGUGAAACGUUGUUCUCAUUUCGUGAAAGAAUUAGUUGAGAGAAUUUGAUGAAAGAUCUAAGCAUGUUCCCUUUGGUGAUCAUUUUUUCAAAUCUCCUGACUUUUUCUUUUGAUUAUAAAUUGAUAUAGCAGAUAUAGUCAGGGGAAAAAUGAUCUUGAUUACUCUUGGGACUUGCCAAGGGUUAACGGACCCUCUGCUUCAUAGCUCUGUCCCAGGGGCGGAUCUAGGGGGAGGGUGCAGGGGGUGCGCACCCCCCCUGAGAUGACCUGCGGUUUUCUAAUACAACUGGUAUUCUGCGAAAAAAAAAACUAUGUGGUUUAUUGGUGUUGAAGUAGAGCAAGAGACGAGUGCACCCCCCUAAAAAAAAUCCUGGAUCCGCCCCUGUGUCCCAUAAAAUGCCGUUGUAGAGAAGUGAGAGAAGUAUUCUAUUCUUAUUUGGAGAAGUUUUCAUAUUUUACCCAUAAAAUAAGUUUGCCUUUGGCUAACACUUACGGUGAAAGGUCGAGUGGGUUUAUGAUAAUGACCUAAGCCUGUUUGGAACCACCUCCUGCCCUCAGAAAAAAUCUGAGGAGAGUGGGCGGUUGUACACAGGCUAAAUGACUGAUGCUGAUUUUUUUUUUUCAAGGCUAAGUGCAAAUCCUGACCUAAGACUGGGAGAUGUGACCACAACUAACUGGACUAUGACUGAGGUUAAGUGUCUUGAAUUAAGUGCCCUCUAAGAAUUUGUCUUCUAAAUCCUCCGCAAUAAUUACCGUCUUUCGGGAGUAAGUAGCCUGUUGAAUUCUUGGUCAAGAGGAUGUAUAGCUUUACGCAAUGCAGAAUUUUAUAAUGUCUUCAGUGCAGGUGUAAUCUGUUACACCCCUGGAUAUAGGCUUUGCUAGUAUUGUUAUGUAAUAAUUCUUUUUAAAAUAUAUUCCGCAGCAGUGAAGUGUGUUACAACAGUCUGUUUUCUGUAAGAGACUAAGGCUCCGUCAACACGUAUCCAAACGGAAUUUUUUUUUCUUGGUUUUCGAAAAAUACGCGUCCACACGUAACGUAUUCCAAUCGUCGCGAAAGCUGAAAUACGAAGAAAAUACGAUAGCAUCCCUCUCAGGGCAUGCGCUGUAUGAUGUAUGACAUCAUCUUAUUCGAAAACCUGCACUUGCGUCUGUCCACACGAAAACGCUAAGCGCGCGUUUCCAAAAAACUCCACUCUGGGGACCCUUUUCAAAAACCUGCGUUUUUAUGCCUGAAAACACCGUACAGGGGUGGGCGGAAGGCUAAUUAAGGAAAAAAACGUCUUCAAAAAUAUCCGAAUACGUGCGGACGGAGCCUUUUAAAAAUAUACAGGGUGUUAACCUCUUUCUCGACUGUUGGUGUAAUAUCAUUGUAAUCGAAUGAGUAACCUUGUUACUGUUUUUGGAUCCUAGGGAGGAGUUCAGCCCAACGUGAUUCCAACAGAAAUGUCAUCAGGUGUGAUAUACUUAUUGCUAAGAGAGUUACAAACUGGACUGAUUAACAGCCGUAUUAUUCCGUUUGUCAUGAAUGCGAUUCCUUAUCAAACGAAAGGGCUGGGGCCUAAGGUUAUGUUGACAAUAUACCUCUUGCACCGUAGCGAAAACCAUCCCAGAUAGUACUUCUGUUCACACAUAAGUACGGUGAUUUCGGCGCGAAUUCUGUAACGGUAACGCCGAUCUCGAAAGUGGAGCGUCACUUAUUGGAUAGGAGCUGUGCCACACUUUGGUGCGGUGUGAGCAGGUAUUCGAACCGUCACGGAAGUGAAUAAGUAGGAGCGAGGACUGGAACCUACUAAGACGAAAGUGAAUAUUCGGGAGUGAGGACUGGGAUUUAGUUCACCGUUGUUUAUCUUCUGUAAUUACUCACCUAAUGCCACUGUACAAAAACAGUGGCCCUCGUCUAUAAAGUUCCCAACUAUCGCGACGUCGAAUGGACUAGAGAGUUUCAGAAUUCCCUCUGUUUAUUGCUGUUUCUUUUUGAAGAAAAGUUUUGUUAGGAAAUUCGGUUGCUUCUUUUUAAAAAAACACAUUAAAUGCCCUGUCCUUAACCAGUGCUCUAUCUCGAAUAAGCGCCUUCCCAUGUAGGCUACCAAAAGUGAAAAAGCUCCCGGGCGCUAUAUCAAAUCAUGACUUAAAAACAACGAGCUUUCCUGGUUACAAGUAAUUUUCCCAACUUGUAUCCAACUACAACUAAUAAUUUCAACCAACCUUAAUGUUGGUUAUUUAGUAACAGCGGUGAAAAGACCCAAGCAUGCAACCUGUCUAGCAUUCUAGCUGUUCCAUUCUUGUUUUUUCCUUCAGGUGGCGUGCGCCAUCAUUAAUAACUUUUGUUGACUUCUAAUUUUAGCAAUUUUUUUUCCUUUCAGUGUUUGAUAUUCGGGUUACUCCAACAAUGAACCUUGAGGUAUUCAACUGAUUACUGCUCAGUCUCUCCGUAAGUCGGAACAAGUGAAAAGAAAGGCCCGUAUUUUUUGUUUAUUGAUUCAUUUAUUUAUUUUUGGAUUCAUGUACUUAUUUAUUUAUUUUUCGCGUUCGCUUUUCUUUCCACACCUUCCGACUAACUUAGAGCGUAGUUCAGGCUACAUUUUGUAAUGAGUACAGUCAACUCUCGCCUUGCGGACACCCCGCUAUAACGGACACCCCGAUAAUACGGACAGCAGAUAAAUUCCGGGCAAAAAUAAAUUUCAGACAUUUGACUGAAAUAAACUCCCGCUAUUACGGACUCUCGCUACAGAGGACACUAACUUAAGGUCCCUACAGUGUCCGCUAUAAAGGGAGUUGACUGUAUUUAGCAGCAGUUUUAACACUGGUCAUUGACGACCAAAUUCACCAAAAAAAAGUUUUCGUUUCUCCUGAUUCCCUCUUUGGUGAUUAACUAACUCAAAAUGGUUGGCUUUCAUUUACUUUUAGGGUUGUCACUAUAAGAUCUGUAAAUCCAAGAGAGGAUAAAGGGGACAGAGAAAGCAUCCCCCAUAUACACCCUAUUCCAUAGGUAAUUCGUCUCGAGUUAUUUUUAAGACCACAGAUCCCAAGGGGGAUUAGACAACAGCCAAUCACAUAGCGCGAAUGUGUUCCGCGUGGAUGACCCGCGCUCUGAGCCACGCGUCCUUCACGAAUUGAGGCAGAAAAAAAUGGCGGAAGACGCGGAGAGCAAUAUUGUUAUUCAUUUUGUCGACGAAAACAACUAAAGAUAGAUUUCUGCUAAAGCUGUGUCAGCGAAACGGAAAUUAAAAGAGAAUCGCCCUUCCUCUCUUGUAUAAAGCUAACAGUACAGCAGGGAAAUCCUUAACACAGUGAAUAUUCUCUCAGGAUCAUUUAUAAUUUACAGUUUGAAGAGAGCAAUUUCUGGUUUGAUAUUUAUUCUUUUAUUAGUCUUUUAUUAUUCAACAAAAAUAACACUUGGCGUCCUAUAAUAAUAAUAAUAAUAAUAAUAAUUUAAUAUUUUCUAGAGCGCUAUUUACGUUCACUGAUCAACAGCCCUUAACAACUUAAAAAAAACUACAAUAAAAUUCAAAUUUGUAAAACUAAUUACAUGUACAUGAAUAUUACUUGCUACUUGCUUUAUUGUACAAACGACCGGUUUCAAUAGACCGGCGAAAUUUCUCAUUUUAUUAAAGCACUGAGGUUACGAUAACUUCGAGUUAAACUGAUUUCACGGGUUGUCAAAGAGUCGAGCGAUUCCCUUUUCCCACGCGAGCGCCGACUCAUUUCGCUUCAAUAUUCAGAAAUGCUCUCGAUCUCUUUAAGCUUUCAUUGCCUUUCGCCCGACAUGUUUUGCAUGGUGUUUAGUCAUGCGAAACCUCCACGAAACAUUCACGCAGCGCGCGAGGUAACUUUAUCCUGAUUCUAAAAAUAACUCGAGACGAAUUACCUAUGGAAUAGGGUGUGUAUGGGGGAUGUCUUCUCUGUCCCCUUUAUCCUCUCUUGGUAAAUCAAAAUUGGUCUGGCCAGCAAAUCUACAGUGUUUUAGCGUUCGUGAAGUUUUAGCGGUAUGGGCGAUGGUCGCGCAGGAUCGAUUUCUUAUACAAGCCCACUUUGACAGUUUUUGUUCUUAAAAUUUUGAAGAGACUUUAGUAAUUUCAUGUAAAUGUAAGUUUGAGGGAAAGGCCGGUUUGGAUAAUGGAAGCGAGUAAUAACCAUCACAGCUGUAUUUAACUGCAUGUACUAUUGAGGUGUCAAAGAAGGCUAAAGACGUUUGUUCAAUGCUUCGGAUAUAAUUAUCGUAAAGGCACGACAUUUUACAUUGGCCGUUUAUUGAAACAGGCCUUGAGCUAGUGCUUGAAGAGAAACGGAUUGCUAACCCUUUUUUACGAAAACACUUUGCAAGUGAUCUUGGUCUGAUCAUUUGGGUCGUCCUGUUUCUUUUAACUUCCCUGUUAGCCCUUUAAGUCUCAAGGGUGACCAACAUCAAUACAUUAUCAAAAGACACGGUUAUGAGAUUUAAUAAAAUGAACACUGACCUUAGGAAAAAUGCUUUGAACUUUUAUCAAAUUCUCCCAAGUAAUUCUUUAAGGAAGUGUGUGCAGAUCAGAAAUAGCAAAGGAGACGCAAAGACUGUGUCCUUAAUUAGCACUUAAUGCUUCUUCUUUUUUUUCAUUUACUUAGGAGGUUGAAAAUAAAGUUAAACAGUGGUGUGUAGAGGCGGGAGAAGAUGUAUCAUAUGAGAUUCUACAGGUAUUUAGUAUACUCAACACUUUCCACGUGCGUCAUGAUAUACAAACUGAACCUCCAUUAAGCGGUAAGUAAUCAAAGGCCCCAAAUAAUUGUAGAAAAGAAUGGGAACUGAAACCUCUUAAAAGCGGCCACGGCCACCUUUUGGCUCUUCCAACGAGAGUUCUAUUGUUGAAAUUAAAUUAAAGUUCUAUUGUUCUAUUAAACAGCCAUCAAGCACUUGACACACUUAGUUUGGCUUCACGAAAGAAACGUCCGCGAUAGAAGGCGACGACCGAUUGUAGAACAGAAAUGCUGCUCCCGUCGCGUGUUUGUUUUAAAAUAAAGUGCUGUUUCUGUCAAACAUUAUGCUAAUUUAUGACGAACCUCUCUUGAGCGGCUAACCUCCAUGAAGCGGCCACUUGACGGUAUCCCAGGAGUGGCCUCUUAACUUAACAGUAAUAAGGCCAGGUUCCACUGUAAUAUAAUACCCCAGUAGAAGAGUUAGCAAGUGCAGUGAGCGUUUCCGUGCAGGAAGCUCAAGCAAAGGUGUUGUUGAACGACGCGCGUCCACUGGUAGUAGGGCCUUUUCUCUUUUUAUAUGCCUGGACGGUAUCAAAUUUGUUUUGCCAAUUGCUUUUAUUGUUACAGAGACGACCUGGUCGAAAAAGUGCGCAAAACACUGCGCAAGAAUGAAAAACUCCUCAUUCAGUUGACGUAAAUAUUUUCUACGUCGCCUGAAACAUGUUUCUUCUUGGUUUCUUCUUCACUUUCUUACUUGUACACAACUUCUGCUUAAUGUUUACUUUUGAGCCUUCACUUGCUCACAUCCGGAAUAAUCUCGUGAACGUUUUCAAAAUUUUGCGCCUUGUAGGAUAAAACAAAUAAAACAAUUUGUCUGCGGAUUUCUUUACUCUGGUAGAUUAUAGGCUAUGACCAAUCACAGCACGCGUGGUGUGCAAAACUUAGUGUUGAUCUCAAAUUUCCGUUUCAUUAAAAAUGGACAAUUCGUGGUAUUGGCAACACGAAUAUGAAUGCUUCUCUUUUACUUUGAUCUCAGAAAACUGGAAAUGCUGUGUUGACGUCAACGUCCGAAGAUGAUCCUUGGUGGAAUGCUUUCAGUACAGCUUGCACGAAAAUGUAAGUGAUAUAACAAUGUCUUGUUUUAAACCAAUUUCUGCUCAUGUUAUGGCCUCGCUCUCAUGUUUCCCUUAUCCUUGAUUACGUCAUCAUCAGGAAACUAGGGAUUUACGGAACGACGACGUCGAAAGCCGUCGUUGUAGUUAUUCCAGUGGACUGCUUUUUAAACGUAGCCUAUGCUCGACAAUAAUGAAUUCGAUUGUCUAGAGUUGAAUCGCAGAGGCCGCAUCCAAGUUUAGUACAAGAAAGACCGUCGUCGUGUCUUGACGUCUCUUUCGCGAGACUUCGCAUCCUUUUGACGUCGUAGUUGUUGAAAGCACGACAAACUGGGAAAAAAGGAACUUAAAAGUACCAUUCACGUGCAGAGGAGUUAACCAAGACUAACUUUUAAAACACGUUUUAAGACUAAUAUUGGACCUCAGAUCUUUGGCGGGUAACUGUGUUGUUUCAGGCGGAUACAUGUCUUCUGACUUUUGUUCCAUGCAGACUAGACACUGUUUGUGAUAAACAAAAAGUAUAGCUACUAAGAUAGCCAAAUUAGAAAUGACUUUUACUCGUUUUUGCUAAACAUCAGCUCGACUCCGUCUUAACAACCGAUCCUCUGUUUUUGGACGUUGUCUUUGCUGUCGUUGACUUAGGUCCGUAAGCUCUCCUCUUUGUCGAUGAUGACAUAGAUUAAGAGAGAGCGAUUUUGAGCGACGUUACUGUUGUUAAAGGUAUUUAUUUCUUUUCUGAACUGCCUCGGCAAAUCAGAUCAGAGUUGACUUUUUAAUCCAUCACAAGCUCAAGUAUUGCAAGUCUUUGCAUGUAUUUGCACAUUUUCCCACACUAAGAAUUUAGUACCAUUUCCAUUCUCUCCCCACUUACAACUUUCUUUAGAGUUAGCCUGCCUGCGUAGCAGUUGUCGAAAGGGGAUUAGGAGGAAGGAAGGCUCCCUUCCCUUUUCCCUCCCUGGCUAUUUCCUGAUUGUAUAUUGAUUGAUUUUGAGUUUUCUGUUUAGUUAUAAGGAAGAUAUAUGCCAUAUGAGACCUAUUUUACCAUGACAAACGAAAAAAGGCUUCUAACCUUGUAAUAAUAUAGUAGAUAGCUGAAGAAUUAAAUUUUGUCGAUUUUUUUUUUCAGGGAAAUGAAAAUAGAGAAAGAAAUAUUUUCCGCCGCAACAGACAGUCGUUUCCUUCGUGAGGUAACAAAACAUUCGACAUUAGAUACUGUAUUUGUUAAUAAUUUAAGUUUUAGCUGUUAAUGAUUUUGGUGUGGUUUGGGUCCGGCAGGCACUCCCUUCUUUGUCCUAAGUGGGUAUAUGCUGCCGACCAGGGUAUGGAUUUCGGGUGACUUGAGCCUGAGACAGGGUGUACAGUUUAACUCUUUAGCGUCUUGUUAAGGAUGUUUUUCUUGUUUGGCUCGCGUUCUGCAUCCGAGUUGCGAGUCUUUGUUAUACUUACACUUUGUUUAUACUUACAAAAAGUUCAUCAACUCCAAGUUAAAGUAAUGAAGAUGGUGUUCGUAAACAAAGUGUUACAUUUGGGCCACGAAAAAGAUGUCUCUUGUGUUAAACAGGGCAGCGAAAUCAGCAAUCAUUGUCUUAGACAGGAUCAGGGUUUGAUGGUCUCGGUGGAACACCCCCACCCAAACCUAGGGUUUUGGAAAGCAAAAUCGUCUUUGCCUAAACAUGUUUGUUUUGUUCUUCUCGUGCGUAUCUUAGAAAAGCUCGUUUCCCACACUGUUGACCAAACUCUUAACGGUGUUUUAUCAAGCAUUAACUUGUUAGUCCAUUUUGAACUUAAAACCUUGUUUCGUUGAAAGUUCAUAGUUAUAACAAACCUCUCGAAUCUGAUUGGCUAUUAAGAGCCCUGUUAGAACAUUUAAAAUCGGUCAGUGCAAUAGGACAUAAAGCUUCAUCACGUGCUCAUGAACAUUUGUUGAGCAGAAAUUUCAUAGAACGUUUAAGAAGAGACUUAAUCCCGGAUGAAUAGCAAAUAGAAGUUGGUGUUGGGGUCCCGUACAAAUAUAUAGUCACUAAUUUGCGUUGCUUUCUUUCACAUAAUUACAGACCAAAUGCUAUUAUUUAAUCUUGUCUCCUUUUCUUUCCAGCUUGGUUAUCCUGCUAUCGGUUUUUCACCAAUGAACAACACUCCGAUUCUUCUUCACGAUCACAACGAGUUUCUCAAUGAAAAUGUCUUUCUGCGAGGAAUUGAAAUCUACUGCGAGAUAAUAACAGCUUUAGGAAAUGUGGAGCCGUUUUGAUGUUUAUGUUUAUUUCUUCAUAUAUUUUUUUUCAAUUGGCA